ACUUAGGAUAAGUAUAUGAUUGUUUAAAUAAGGAGCAGGUCUCCUCGCAGCAGCUUACAUUAUGAACCGCCAUUAUGUUUCAACAGCAGCUCAGAACAGACAAAACAGAGAAAAACACGUUAUGUUACUCUGUGCCUAGCUGCCGGUCCAGAAAUUCACGUGUUGGAAGGAAGGUGGAGAAAAUGGGCCGGUUGUUGUUGUUGUUGUUUUGCACAAAAACAUUUUAUUGAUAGCACUUUAUGAUACCAGAAACUUGACAAAUGUGGAGCCACAGGUAUUAUAAAUCACAUAAGCAUGCAUCUGCUUCAUUUUUGUCACAAAUUCUAUGAGAAUCCAUCUAUCUGCACCAAGUUACCCUCUAAAGAAUACUCUUAACAACUAGUUGAUUUUAUAUACAACAUUGUAAACCCACAUAACUAUAGAACCUAACAGGAAUAUAUACUGUAUGUUGUUACUUAACCAUACAUAUUUGUUUUCUAUAAAGUGUUUUCAACAGCAGUCAAGGUCAGUGUACUAAAUGUCUACACUAAUCUGUCAGUCAUCUGUUUUCUGUCAGAGGCCUGUUCAAACACAAAAUACAAUCUCAACAGGUGCCAGUUCUCACAUCAUUUCCCAAAGAUAGCCUUACAUGUAAAUGUUUAGAAAAGAAGGUGUGCAGGACACACAACACUGAUGUAUAUAAACGCCGUCAAAACUCACAACGUCACUGAUUCCCAGGAACUCAGGUUGUAGAGAAAAUAUGAAUGCCCUCCAGGUGAUUUCCUUCACUCUGCUGUCCGUUCUGGCAGCCAACGCCCAAGUCAUCUCCCCAGGAAGAUGCCCCAAGGCAACUGUGCAGGAGAACUUUGAUGCUACCAGGUAUCUUGGUAAAUGGUACGACAUCCAGAGGCUGCCACAUAGCUUCCAGAAGGGCGAGUGCUGCACUGCCACCUACAGCCUGAAGAGCCCUGGAGUCGUUGGAGUCCUGAACCAGGAGCUGCUUGCUGACGGAUCCAUCAACUCCAUCAGUGGCUCUGCCUAUGCUAAAGAUGCAUCUGAGCCUGCCAAGCUGCUGGUCUCUUUCUUUGAGUUCUCUCCUCCUGCCCCUUACUGGGUGCUGUCCACAGACUACAACAACUACUCUCUGGUCUACAGCUGCACUGACCUCGGUGUGCUGCACGUAGAGUUCGCCUGGAUCAUGAGCAGGACACCCACCCUGCCUGAGGAGACCCUGGAGGAUCUGCACAGCACCCUGACCUCCAUGGGAGUCAAAGUGGACAAGCUGCUGACCACCAACCAGGACCCAGCUCUCUGCAGCGCCAUGAGCCAGUAAACAGAUGGAGCAGGCCUUCAGUGUUCAUCUCACUGUACUCAGUCAUUGUAAUAAAGUUAUUUACACAGCA